AUGACGAUAAACAUUUCAAUCAUUGGCGGCGGUGUUGCUGGCUUUUGCCUCGCUCACGCUUUGCUCAAACAUCCUGAGAUUACAUUUGACAUUUACGAAAAGCAUGACGAAAUCCGCGCCAUUGGUCAAGGCCUACUCUUACAAAGCACAGCUCGCCAAUCGUUAAGGUUAAUGGAUCCCGACCUUGGAUCAUACCCGGAGGAGAUAGGGGGCGCAGAGCUCAAGCUAUGGACCGUGGCUAUGGGCGAAGGACCAUAUCGCGGCCAGUUGUCCCAUCAGAUCUCUUAUCCUAAACACGAGCGCCCGAUUGGCGUGGACAGAACCAAACUAAUGUCGAAGCUUUUGCAGAAGAUUCCAAAAGAGAGACUUCACACUGGCAAGCGAGUGACGUCCGUAAAGGACAGUCUGAAUUCCAGCAAACGCUACAAUAUUCAAUUCGACGACGGCACGAGUUUGCAAACUGAUGCAAUCAUUGGUGCGGACGGACUCAGAUCAUACAUUCGACAUCUAGUAAUCCAAGAGUGGCCCGCUGAUAAACUCGUUCCACGACCCUCGGGAUUAUGGGACGGCCGUAUAUUGAUACCAGCCGCGCGUGCACGAGCUCUACUCAAAGAUCACAUAUCCCAUCCGCUGACCGAAGGCGCUGUGAUGUUGGUCGGUACCAAGGGGAACAUCUACUUCUCACUCCAUGAAGACUGGGAGUAUGCGGCCUGCAUCGUUGCGGGAUGGAAAGAGCAGACAGCGAGCUCGCCAUGGCGAUUCCCUUUAUCUGCUGGAUUCCUUGACGAGAACUUUGGGGAUGGCUGGGGCAUGUUGGGUAAGGGCGUUAAAGACACGAUUCUUCAGCUUGCAGAGCCUGAAGGCUUCUUCGAAUGGGACAUCAAUCCGCUUCCAACAUUCCACAAGGAGCGAAUGUGCUUGAUUGGAGAUGCGGCUCAUUCGGCGGUGCCAUGGCUGGCGGCAGGAGCUACAAUCGGGGUAGAGGAUGCCGCGAUUCUAGGGGCAUUGCUCAAUCAGGUCCAUUCCGUUUCAGAACUUAACGUGGCAUUUGCCGAAUUUACAGCCACACAAAUCGACAGGUCGCAUACGCUCAUCAGCAACUCCCGUCACACAGCCCGCAACAUGGUCGAGGGGGCGAGCACUAUCCCGGCUGAACUUGCUCGAAAUGAUCGCCCACUUAAAGACUUCUUGUUCGACGUGGAUAUGAAGGAGCGUAUUAAAGUAGCGGUCAGUAGCUUUCUAAGUAAAGCAGGGGCGCGCAAGUGA